AAUAGCCAGUACGAAAGUUACUCCGCAACCAGAAUGGCGUCCAAGCUGAUAUCCACUUUAUUUGUGCUUUUCAUUUAUCAUACGCAUGCAGCAGUGCAGGUCCCUAAGCUAAAGCUGUACGAUGGCUACGAGAUACCCGCCAUCGCUCUUGGCACAUGGCUUGGAAACUUCACUGUGCCUUCAACGGGUGGAGCGAAAUGGAACGGCGUGGAACUGGCCGUGAAGUGGGCGCUGGAGGCCGGGUAUAGGCACAUAGACACUGCCUGGAUCUACAAGACUGAGGGACAAGUGGGGGACGGCAUACGGGCUUCGGGAGUCCCGAGGGAAGAAAUUUUUGUUACUACCAAGCUUUGGAACGACCAGCAUGCCCGUGACAGCGUGGUGCCGGCUCUGAGAGACUCCCUGAAGAAUCUGCAAAUGGACUACGUAGACCUCUACCUGAUACAUUGGCCUUGUGGACAGUUUGCCAAUCAAUCAUAUGACGUAACAGACUACUUGGAGACUUGGCGCGGCAUGAUGGAGGCCAAGCAGCUCGGGCUGGCCAAGUCCAUCGGUCUCUCCAACUUCAACCAGCAGCAGAUUCAGAGGAUCCUGGACAACGGCCUGGAGAAACCUGCCGCCUUGCAAGUUGAGUUGAACCUGAGUCUGCAACAACCUGAACUGCUGGCGUACUGCAAGUCGCAGGGCAUCGUGGUGACAGGGUACACGCCCUUCGGCUCCCUGUUCCCCUUCAAAGCCGCCGCGGACGCUCCCCCGCCCCGUAUCACCGACCCCCAGCUCGAAGCGAUCGCCACCAAGUACAACAAGACCGUGCCCCAAAUAGCACUGAGAUACCUGGUCGAGUUAGGUGUGAUUCCGCUACCUAAAUCCCUCACCAAGAACCGCAUAGAGCAGAACUUGGACAUCUUCGACUUCCAGCUGUCAGCUGAAGACAAGGAGUUGCUGAAGAGCUUCGAUACUAUAGUACCGCCCACAGACUCGAACGGCGUGGAACUGCCCGUGAAGUGGGCGCUGGAGGCCGGGUAUAGGCACAUAGACACUGCCUGGAUCUACGGGACAGAGGGACAAGUGGGGAACGGCGUACGGGCUUCGGGAGUGCCAAGGGAAGAAGUUUUUGUUACUACCAAGCUUUUUAACGACCAGCAUGCCCGCGACAGUGUGGUGCCGGCUCUGAGAGACUCCCUGAAGAAUCUUCAGAUGGACUACGUAGAUCUCUACCUGAUACACUGGCCUAUUGGACAAUUCGCCAAUAAGUCAUACGACGUAACAGACUACUUGGAGACCUGGCGCGGCAUGAUGGAGGCCAAGCAGCUCGGGCUGGCCAAGUCCAUCGGUCUCUCCAACUUCAACCAGCAGCAGAUCCAGAGGAUCCUGGACAACGGCCUGGAGAAACCUGCCGCCCUGCAAGUUGAGUUGAACCUGAAUCUGCAACAACCGGAACUGCUAGCGUACUGCAAGUCGCAGGGCAUCGUGGUGACAGGGUACACGCCCUUCGGCUCGCUGUUCCCCUUCAAAGCCGCCGCGGACGCUCCCCCACCCCGCGUCUCCGACCCCCGGCUCCAAGCGAUCGCCGCCAAGUACAAUAAGACCGUGCCGCAAAUAGUACUAAGAUACCUGGUCGAGUUAGGUGUGAUACCGCUUCCUAAAUCCAUCCACAAGGACCGCAUAGAGCAGAACGUGGACAUCUUCGACUUCCAGCUGUCAGCUGAAGACAAGGAGCUGCUGAAGAGCUUCGACAAGGGCUACAGGACCAUCCCUCAGCUGAAGUGGCGCGACCACCCUUAUGUACAGUGCCUCUACACCUUACUACGCCUUCGAGAAGAACAGCUUAUCUACCUCUUCUAG